AAUUGAGAAUUUGUGUAACUGACUGUAUAAGUGCGUGUGUGUGUUGUAUAGAUGUUCCAGUCACUAGAAGUGGGUGGGAUCAUGAUAACACACUCCAUAAACACCCAAGGCCAGAAUUUCCUUUGUGGAGCAGGAGGGAAAAGAGAAACAACAGCGCAGAGGAGAAGCAGCAGCUGUGAACUUUUUAUUUGGGCCAUUGAAUAGUUUUCUAACCAUUAUUUUUCCUUAUUUUAACAUUGAUUUGUCAUGGGCUCCAGAGGAAAACGAAUGGACCGGUCUUCAAAUUCCACCUGCAGCUCGUCCUGUGUGAAACUCUAUCUGUGCUCCAACCCAGAGGAUAGCGUGGUGGAGCGCAGAGCUCUGAGAGAGAGUGUGUUCCCCAGACUUAGAGAGCACUGUAGACACACACUGGGACUGGAUGUCAGGGUGAUAGACCCAUUUGAGUCCAGUGAUCCCAGUCAUUGGCCAGAUGAAAACACCAGACAGCAGCUGAUUAAAGAUUGCAGAGAGAGCUCCGCAGGACCUUUUUUACUGGCUCUGGUAGGACAUCAGUAUGGCACAGCCAGUCUGCCCGCUCAGGUGGAGGUGUCAGAGUACCAGCUGCUGCUGCAGGAGAGCCAGCAGGCGGGAGUCAGCACCCAGGAGCUGGAGAGAGUGUACCAGAGGGAUGAGAACACCACCCCUCCCUCCUACUGCUUGAGACCCCCACACAGGCACACCCGCCGUCCUCAGCAGGCAGAGGUUAAAGAGGAAGAAGAGAUCAAGAGAGAAGAAGAAGAGCUGAGGAAGGUGUUUCAGACCACUGUGAGUCUGUGUGUCCACAACGGUCUCAUGACCCCACAGAGAGCCCAUAGCUACUACAGAUCAGCCCUCGAUGCAGAUCUGCGAUUUGCUCUGGACAACCGUCCUGAUAAUGACAUCAUCAGACGCUGCCUGGUUUACUUGCACAAGGUCAUCAACGCAAAAGGAGAGAGAGAGAAGAGACAGAUGAACUCACAACUUCAGCCACAGUCAGAGGCUGCUACCUUUGACCUAAGGACACCCACUGAUGGACAAUUAUUCUCAGAGCUUUGUGACAACUUCCUCCCUGGUCUCAUCACUUCCUCCCAGCUACUAGUCUACACCACCACCACAGAAUGUGACCAUCGCCAUGGUUACACGACAGCCAGGAGGCGGGGCUAUGCUGAGUCUCUUUGCCAGCAGGUGUACUCUGACCUUGUGGGGUUGAUUGACAGCGUACACAUCUUAGAAACCAGUGAAGACUCUCAGCUUGAUGGUGCUUUGGCCAGAGAGCAGGCCGAGCAGGAGGAGCUGUGUGACAUCCUGUCCCGAUUAUAUGAUGUCAUUCGGCCAGAGGAGGAAGAGGUCAGAGCCUAUGUGGAGCAGCGUGAACAACAGCGCCCACUAGUGGUGACAGGAGGACCAUGCACAGGGAAAGCAGUUCUGCUGGCACACUGUGCUCAACAGAUAAAGUCGUGGCUGCCAGACUGUGAUCCUGUGGUGAUCACUUAUUUUUGCAAUCUGUCAAUCAACCCUUCCCCAAAGCACCUGCUGUCGAGCCUGUGUUAUCAAAUUGCAGGUAGAUAUCACGCCGAAUCUUCCUCUGAGCAGAAUCCCAGCCACCUGGACGAUCCCAGCUGUAUCACUAACCUCAGAGACAAUAAUUCCAACUGUAGCCCGACAUCUAAUCUGGAUCCUCACCAUGAAACCACCACCAGAGAGCAUGUUGCUGCCUAUAACCAAGACCUUAGUACUAUAUCAUGCCCAGAUCCUAGAGGACCUAACUCUGGCAUCAUAAAACCUGACAUAUGUCUGUCUGAGCUUAAAGAACGUCUCUCAUCCCUCCUCUCCCUCAUGCCUUCUACCAAACAGCCGCUAGUUCUAAUCCUCGAUGGCCUGGAUCACAUCAAAAACAACUUUGGACCUCAAAUCAUUGAGAACCUGCCCUCCCCCCUUCCUCCCAGUGUCAAACUCAUCCUCGCAGUCUCCUCCAACCGAACACAAGUCCUGCAAGCUAUCAGCCCGCAAAGAAAUCCACCUCACUGGGUGUCAGAGGGCUUUGAGAAGGAGUCAGGAUAUGUGUGUGUGCAGCUGGGAUUGGUGGACAGGAAACAGUGUGUGAAGAUGUUGGCGUCACUGCUGAGCGGUUCAGGGAGGAGGGUGACAUCAGGACAACAGGCGCUGGUGAACCAGGCACUGACUUCUUGCUGUCUGACUCUCUACACUCGACUCCUGCACCUACACACCUCGCUCUGGCACUCAGAUUCAGAUGUGACUGAGUCGUCUCUCCCUGAUGGUGUCCAUUCAUCCAUUUCUGCGCUGCUGGAUCACCUUGAGCAGAAACAUGGCUCCUCUAUCGUGGCUUGUGCCGUCUCCUACCUCACCCUCUCCAGGACUGGGCUCACUGAGGCCGAGCUCGCUGAUCUGCUGACCAGCGAUGACGAGGUGCUGUCUGAGUAUGUUCAGCAGGGUCAGAGGCCUUCCUCCAGUGUGAGGGUCCCGCAAAUUGACGUGGAGAGACUUCUAUUGGAUUUGAGGAGGUUUCUCAUUAGGAGGACAGUUGCGGGGUCACAUGUUUUGUUCUGGGUGAGCAGGCAUUUCAAGCUGGUAGUGGCUAAGAGGUAUUUAGGCACUCGUGAGGUGAGAAAGGAGAUUCAUUCGGCGAUGGCGGACUAUUUCAGCAGCCGAUGGGCUUGUGGAAGUGCUAAACCGCUUCUUGUAAACCAGAAAUCAGGACCAAACAAGGACACCGCCCAGAUGGAAAUAUGCAUAGACAGGCAGCCAUCCAGCCAGCCGUUUGUCUUCGCCUCGUCUUCCAGAGAGGUUGGCCGAGUGAAUUUGAGGAAGGUCUUAGAACUGCCGCAUCACUUGCAAGAAAGUGACAAAUGGGAGGAGCUGGAGCAUGGGUUGUUAAUGUCUUUGGGGUUUCACCAGGCUAUGGUUCGAGCAGGACUCCUGGCAGAUCUUGUAGCCAUGCUAGAGGGUGAGGAGGGGUCAUCCCAUUUCCGUUUUUCAAGGGAAAGAGCACUCCUAGCAAGCAUAUUGAAGUCUUGUGCUUGCUUACUGCAGAGCUCACCCCUGCAGCUGCCCACAGCGAUGGAGACAAGUCUCCUCCCUUAUCUGGAGGUCUUUCCAGCUCUCCAAGUUUAUGUCAGAGAGAUCAGAUGGGAGAGGAGGAAAAGAGGAAGCGGAUUAGGAGUAGCGCUUUGCCCUGCUCCCUCCUCUGUUCCCUCCAUUCAGUGUAAUGCCAAAACCAAGGACGUUUGUGUUACAGAAGCAGCUGGGACAGAGUGUGGGAUCGUGGGAGAGAUCAUGGAGGACGGCACGGCUUGGUUUUGGAAAUUCUCUGGGAGUGAUGUAGCCAAACUAUCACUGCGCUGUGAGCAGAAGGAGCUGAUGUUUGCUGGAGUGAAGUGUAGCGGUCAAUACAUGCUGCUUUCCACCCAAUGCAAUAAGCUUUUUUUGUGGGAUGUGACAGGCCCAGAAAUGUUUCUACAGGUUAACGACCCUUUGAAAACAGAGUUUGAACUGAAGUCAAGCCAACAAACACCAAACAAAAUUGAGGGGUUUGUUGCGUGUCAGAAAAAGUUAUUUAUGUGGUGGAAAGAUGAGAGUUUUGUGAGUGUGUUUGAUGUCUCCACUGAGACCUUGACUCAUUUCCAGUGUAAGAGCUGUGUGACCUGUUUGGUUAGCUCCUCUAAUGGCUUAUUCUUGUACUGUGGGCAGGAGGAAGGCACAGUGUCCAUAUUUGACACCAACACCAGCAUUCUCCUUGGCACCUGCUCAAACUCAAACAACAGUGCGGUUACAUCAAUGAUCCUGUGUGAAGAUAAGUGGGAAAUGGCGUGUGUUGACAGAACAGGGAAUAUAACCCUGUGGGCAGCCAAAACACAACCACCCAUACUUGUCAAAGAAAGCUUUACUGGGGGUGGCUCAAACAUCCUCAAUACAGAUUACUCAGAUGAAAUCGACACUUUAUUGGUAUGUCAGUCUCACCAGGUUACAUUGUGGGAUACAUGUGACUGGGAGCUCUGGGACCAGUUUUUGGCUCCGCAGGGGAGGGCCUUCACUCAAGCUGUGCUCUCCCAGGAUGGCCACCUUUUCCUGGCUUUGUUAGACACCAGUUCCCUCGUUUUGGUGUGGAGGGUCAGCACAGGGGAGUGUGUUCUCUCCUUAGAAACAAACAAGCAGACUCGCACACUCCUCAAAAUGGCCUCAGAAGUAGUUUGUGUCGCUCAUGACGGCUGCCUCACAGUGUGGGACUCUGAGACGAUAGACGCUGCGGGUACAGCUCCGAAAAUGGGGUGUGGUGUGAAAGAAGUGGUGGUUGAACAGACAGUGGAGUGGUUCUACACCACUGAUGGGUCAGAGACGGUGUGGAGAUGGAGAUUAGAAACGGGACUUCCACAUGCUAACUUCCGACAUGAUGGUCCUGUGGAGAAACUGCGCCUUUCUCCAGAUAACAUCCACCUUGUGGCACUCUCAGCAGGGGAAAUCUACGUUUGGCAGACAGAAACAGGUCAGAACAUCCUGCGUAUGAGUGGCAGCAGAGCGACAGACAUCCUGAUCACCCCGAAUAGUAACUGUGGUGUGAGUAUUUCUGAGCGUUGGUUGUCUCAGGUUUGGAAGCCGGCACACGGGAACAUUGUGUGCAGCAUACACCUGUACCUAUCUGACGCCCAAGUGUCGCCAGAAAGCACCUUCCUCAUUGGCCGUCGCCAUGGAGACCUGUUAGCUGCCAGUCUGUGGUCGGGCUCGAUCAGCAAGCGUUUCUCCUGCGUGGCGAGCUCAGAGCAUGUUGUUGCUUUCCGCACACUUUCAGAGCACCCAGACUUUGUAGUGGUGAUGGCCGCCUCAGGGGCAGUGUACACCUGGAAAGUAGCAGAGGAGACGGUGUGCAGGCACUUUCAGCUGCCUUAUACGUUUCACUGUCAGCCGCAAGACUUCCAGUUGUGCUCUGAUGGGAGCUAUGCCCUGCUGUCCACUGAUAACGAAGCCAUCAACCUCUUGGACCUAUCUCAGGUCAGACUGUGCUCAUUCAAGGCAGAGGGUCCUGUCAUUAAAGCUUGUUUGGAUAAAAGUGGCUGCUAUGCUGCCUACAUCUCCCGCCCCGCCACCCAGGAGAAAAGCUGCGUCUGUUGCCUGCAUGCGAGGCCUGUCCUCACAGUUGUGAGACUCGCAGACGGGGAAAGAAUAGGAAGCGUGUGUCUGUCUAAGAAUCCGUUGACUCUGGUUGUGUGUAAGCGGCAGUGUGUGUUUGUGGGCUUUGAGGACGGGUCUGUAGGUGUUUACUCUAUUUUAGAUGUCAUGAUCAACUGGGAGGAGUCGGUCAGGUGCAGAGAAAAUUUGAAUGAUCAGUUGAAGCAAUGCCCCUUUGAGAAAGCACCAUCCAGCUGGUUACCUCUAGCAACCCCCAAUAUCACAUGGCCUUAAGAUUAUUAUUCACUGCUGUUGGACUGCGUUUUUAAAAAGCAUAAUUGUGAUAGCACACAAAGUGUGUAUAUGUAUAUAUUGAUAUAUAAAUAAAAAUACUGCAUGUGUCUACGUGUUGUACACAUAGUAGAUUGUUUCUAAACAAGAAACACCUCUGUCUAAAACCUGCAGCACCUUUUGUUUCAGCUCCA